AUGAAGAUGAACAUUGGAAAUCUUAGCCAUGAGGCUGACUCUUAUGGUGAUGAUUUUGCUGCCAUUUUUGGUGACUAUUUCUCCCCUCUUGCCAAUGAAAAAAAUCCAAGUGAAUCUGUUUCUCCUGAAGGAACUCCCAGAGAUGCUGCUGUCUUUGGCCAAAGCACUGAAGCGGUUGAUGAAUCUCCUAAUCCAUCAAUCAAUCCAACUAUUGAUAUUCCCAACAACCUUGCUGGUCUUUACCAAGCUUUGUUUCAGCAACUUUUGGAAUUCAUGUCUCUUGGUACUCUUAUGGCUUUGAACCCCGGUUUGAUGCCUGCCAGAAUGAUACCCAUCCAAGUACUUUAUUCAACAACACCCCCAAUCCUCCCAACAAGACAAUGCAUAAGCAGUCCCCUUUCUAUGCAAGUGCCCAUCCAACCACAGCCCGCCCCCGUUCUAGUAGCCCGGAAGCUUAUGCUUCAGAGCAGUCAUCAUCAGCUAAUGCUUCUCCUACAAAAGGGUUGA